AUGGUCAAAUUUGGCGACUUCCUGAACUCAGGUACUGCAAAAGAGAACGUCGAUCCGCUGCGGAGGUGGGCGGGCUUCGGCCGUUUUACUGGAGCCUGGUCUUUGCUGUCCAGACCCUUUUGGUGGCAGGACCUUUGUGUUGGCAUUGUCAAUUCUGUGACUCGCAGCAACCGAGAGGUCAAAGGCAGCAAUUUUCUGAAAGAUGCUGCCGUAGGUUCCCGGCUUCAGUGCAGCCUGGAGAAAGGUACUCUACAAUUACCACCUUUGGAGGUGCCGUUGAUCUUGAUUUGCCCUGGGACCGGGCUGUCUCCCUGCCGGGCACUUGUGCAAGAGAGGCACAAGCAGCUGAUGGGCGCCAAAUCUCCUCCAGCUCGUUUUCACAAAGGUCUUCAGGACCUGAUGUUCCUGGGCUUUCGUCACCAGGAUGGCGACUUCCUAUAUGGACAUGAAUGGUCAAACUUCAAGACCUGGCUAUCUGUGCAUGUGGCAUUCUCUCGUGACCACGAGGACAAGAAGGCAGAAACCUCCAUCACCAUCGAUGAUGUGACGCACGUCAUCGAUUCAUGCCACGUCAAGGAAACGCGCUUCUCCCCUCAGAGCUCGACCAGUGUGUUCUCUACAGUUUGGGUCAGCCAAGCUGCUGCCAAGCAACGUGCUGGCCGAGCUGGUCGUACACGACCAGGUGUUUGCUGGAGACUAUGCCGGCAAGACUUUAUGGAGAAAGAGCUGCCCAAGCACACGUUGUGUGAGAUGCAACGCACUCCGCUAGAGGAGUUGGUACUUCAGCUGCGGUUAUUGGAGCUGGGCGACCAUCCGGGCGACUUCCUUCGGCGUGCGCCUGAGCCACCAGCGUUAGAGGCGGUGGAGCGUGCCAUUCGAGCUUUAGUGGCCAUUGGUGCGCUUGAGAAUGACUCCCAACUGCGCUUGACACCACUCGGAUUCCAUUUGGCACAUAUGCCCGUCGACGCGCGCAUUGGAAAGAUGCUGGUGUAUGGAUCCCUUUGCAAGUGCUUGGCUCCUAUCCUCACCAUUGCGGCAUGCUUAUCACAGAGGUCUCCUUUCAUACGGAACUUCAACCGCACGAAGGAGGAGCUACAAGUGCAAGAGCGGAGAAAUGUUUGGGGCGAGCUUCAUAGCGACCAGCUAGCUGCGGCAAAGGCGUAUGACAAGUAUCAUGAGCAGCGUCGACAAGGCCGAGAAAACGCGUGGGCUGUGUGUGAUCGCUUUGGGCUGUCCUCGUCCACCUUGGAUGACGUUGCCCAGCUGCGGCAGCAGUUCCUCCGGCACCUGGCCGAGACGGGCUUCGCAGAUGCCGAGGCUGGCGAGGACGGUGGCGAUCAGGUGAAUGUCCAUCAAUCAAAUUUGUCACUGGUGAUCCUUGGCUAA